UUUAAAGCUGAGAAAGAUGAUUGGUUUUAACUGCUUGACUGAAUGAAAUAGAGUGCUAAUAACGUUUGCUUUGGACAAAUAACUCAGUAAAACCACACAGGAUCCAUAACCAAACGGCAGUUUUUAUUGAGUUUUUUAUUUUUUAUGUAUUGGAUAAAAUCUAUGUGGUCGUAGAAAAGUGAUAUGGUUUUCUUCGCAUCGAUACAAGCCUACAUUUCCCAAGAUUCCAAGCAGCACAACAUCCGCUUUGUUUAGCGGAGCGACAGCAGCGCCUGAUCUGGUUGAGGGGGGAGGUGUGUUAGACUAAAGUGUGUCACUGUGGGGUGUUUUCUUUCGUGAAAUUAUUUUUGUUUACUUCUCGUGCGGUGGAAAUGUCUCUGUCUUCCACCCAGAGCUCAGACACAAUCAGCCGCAGGAGGAGGCCGACAGACUUGGCGUUGGAUCCUUCAGGCGGUCACGAUUGUCAUGAGGAGCUCCAUGAACAGCUUAUUGCAUCAAACAGUUGUGCCUCAUCUCCCCAUCUUUCAUCAUGUCCUGCAGUAAAAUGCAUACCUGCACAUGCAUGUACAGGCUAUCGUGCUUGUGAAGAAAGCUGGGAGAUAAUCCAAAACAAGAGAACCAUAAAAGCUGAGAACGAGGUGGAAGCCAACAAACUAGUCAAUAACUACAGAUUUGGUUUCAGAAAAUGGAAGAGCCACGUGACAAAACGGCCGUUUGAAAGACGCUCAGAUGUCGUGAAGGAGCUUUACUCUGAGCUGAACGUCGUUAAACCCCACUCAGGUCCAGGUCAGUUCAUUACAUUUGGAAAUAUAGUCUAUGUUUUCCUCUUCGGUUGGUGGGUGUCUCUGGCACAUCUUUUGGUUGGUACGCUCAUGUUCAUGACCAUAAUUGGGAUUCCGCACGGUAAGCUGUGCUGGAGAUUGUGCGGAUACUUGCUGUGGCCAUUUGGCAGCACUGUUCACGAGAUUGGAAAAACCCUCAGGAGAUGCUGCGAACAAGCGCCAGACUGUGAGUGCCGUGUAGACCUGGAUGAGGAUAGUUCUCCAGUUCUGUUGCCGUCACCGACAGAAAUAGCCGAUCCAGAGCGGCCAGAGAGACCCCCCUGCACUCAUUAUUGGCAUCGUCCCUCCACCUAUGUAUGGCUGCUGCUGGGAUAUCUUCCUCUGGUGAUAGUUCACUCUCUGGCCUGCUUCCUCUCCUGGAUCCUUGUCUUCACCAUCCCAGUUGCCAAACUGAACGCACAGACUUUGAGUGUCAUUCUGCUGUUGCCUCCUGAAGAUGUCUCCAUCUCCAGCAGCUCACAGAGACAGCAUCACGGCUAUGAGACGAGAGCACGUUUGUGCUGCUACUAUGCUGCUAACUGGUACUACUACAAAUACACUGUUGAUGGGAUCAAUGUUUUUGCAGUCAACCUCCUCCCUCUGGUCAUAGUUGCUCUGGUCAUCGGCUAUGUGGACAGAGGAAACCAGUGGGCCAGCUCUGACGUCAAAUUUGCCACCGCUAUUGGCUCCAUUAUUCCUUUGUCUUAUUAUAUUGGCAUGGGGAUUGCAAGUAUUUCUGCACAGAGUAACUUUGCCGUGGGCGCCGUGGUCAAUGCCACCUUUGGCUCCAUUACAGAACUGACUUUUUACAUCACAGCCCUGCUCAGAGGCCACCGCACAAACAACCCGUGUCUGCAGGAGGUCGUUAAGGCGGCGCUGACGGGCACUCUGCUCGGAUGCAUCCUCUUCAUCCCAGGCAUUUGCAUGAUAAUUGGAGGCCUGAAACACAGUGAACAAAGGUUUAACAGUCGUUCUGCAGGAGUGAGCUCUGCACUGCUUUUCAUUUCUGUUGGAGGUGCUUUUGCCCCCACGCUCUUCUCCAAAGCUUAUGGGAAUCUGGUGUGCGACUCCUGCACCAACUCCAGCAGUGGCCUUUUUGUGUGCCACAACUGCCACUAUGAUCUGAAAAACAGCACACUGUUCCACAGCCACGUCGAGCCACUGGUGUACACAGUGUCUGCCCUCCUGCCUCUUGCCUACAUAAUUGGUUUGAUUUUUACCCUGAAGACACACUCCCACAUUUACAACAUUCACGUUGGGGAUGGACAAGUGACUGACCACCAAGAGACGGUGGUCCACUGGUCACGGUGGAGAUCUCUGGUCAUCCUCAUCGUAGCCACCGUCCUCACAUCCGCCUGUGCAGAUCUCACCUCGGAGCACAUCCAACCCAUCCUGAGCCAACCAAACGUCUCGCAGUACUUCAUUGGGGUGACAGUUCUGGCGAUGGUUCCAGAGAUCCCAGAGAUUGUCAACGGGAUCCAGUUUGCCCUCCAGAACAACAUCAGUCUCAGUUUGGAGGUUGGGCGCUGUAUUGCAGUUCAAGUCUGCAUGCUGCAGAUUCCAAUAUUGGUCGUGUUUAACGCCUGCUAUGAUGUGGGCUUUGAGCUGCUGUUCAGUGACCUGCACUUGUGGGCCAGCAUAUGCAGCGUGAUUUUAGUGAACUACAUCUUCAUGGAUGGGAAGUCGGAUUAUUUUCAGGGUACAGCUCUGGUGAUCGUCUACCUCAUUCUUUUGGCUCUGUAUUUUUUCGCUCCAUCUCCAGCUGGCUGUUGAAAACAACUUCCUCUGCAAAGUUUUAAGUCAAUAUAUUGAAAUGAGCCAAUGCUGGUCAUCAUUGAGUUUUGUAAAUGUAUGAACGCUUUAGAAAGUGUACUUUGACAUAUUUCAAUUUUAAAACAUCAAGUCACAAAUCAUCAGGAAGUCCUGCUAAAAGUUCUAGCUUAUAACAAUACAAUUCUUUGUACUACUGAAAGAGAAAAGGCCAUUUUUACGAUGCACAUCUGAUAUUUCCAGGUACUUUUGAAGGUUUGUACAACUAAGCCAUAAAAUGUGAUCAAACUUAUUUGCACUUUAUAGUUCGAAAAUGAAUAAAGAUUAAGAUUUUGAAAA